GCCUCGUUGAUGUUACGCGGAGCUCUUUAAAAUCCCUCCUCAAAGCUCGUGUCAAUAGAUGGACGCAAUGUGCUGAGAAGAGCGCGCAGGGAACGAUUUGGAGGCGCUUGAUACUUAGCGGAUACAUUUGAAUGGGCUCUUAGACUUUGAGAAACGCGAUAAGGACAUCUGGGAAAUACUCCGAGCUACAAGCAACAAAAUAUCAAGUGACACUGUAAGACACUGGAUAAAGGACAGCACUGAGAUAUUUUUGAAUCAUGCAACACUACGGAGUGAACGGAUACUCUCUCCACGCCAUGAACUCAUUGAGCGCCAUGUACAACCUGCAUCAACAGGCGGCGCAACAAGCGCAGCACGCGCCUGAUUACCGGCCGUCCGUUCACGCGCUCACCCUCGCGGAGAGACUGGCUGAUAUCAUACUCGAGGCUCGCUACGGCUCUCAACAUCGCAAACAACGCCGCAGUCGCACUGCUUUCACGGCCCAGCAGCUGGAGGCUUUGGAGAAGACUUUUCAGAAAACGCACUAUCCUGAUGUUGUGAUGCGUGAGCGACUGGCCAUGUGCACCAACCUACCUGAGGCACGUGUACAGGUAUGGUUCAAGAACCGCCGUGCAAAGUUUCGUAAGAAGCAGCGAAGCCUCCAAAAAGAGCAACUGCAGAAGCAGAAAGAUGGCUCGACAGAUGGAGCCCUAGCAACAAGCGAUAAGGAUGAUGCCCCCUCCAACUUAAAUCUAGAGAACCAGCCACCUUCAUCAUCCUCUUCUUCCUCCUCCAUGGAAGCAGAGGCAGCUCCCCACGCACUGACAUCAGAACUUAGUGUUGAGCUUAACGUGACGUCGGCAGAGCAGUCAGAUAACGAGUCGGCCACAGAGGACAACGCAACCGACAAGGAGGAGGAGAUAAAGCAGCACAGAGAAGAUCUGAAGGUUGAGAAAGAACCAGCACCUGGAAACCUUUCCCCUCUUUGCAAACGUCUCAGCCCCAAACCAGACUCUCCUCUCGGUUCCCCGGCUAUCUCAUCUUCCUCUAGUGGGGUGACCGGCGGGAUCUCUCAGAGUCACUCGUACUCCUCGUCUCCGCUCAGCCUCUUCCGUCUGCAGGAGCAGUUUCGCCAGCACAUGGCCGCCACCAACAACCUGGUUCACUAUCCGUCUUUCGACAUGGCGACCCCGUCCUCAAUACCAUACCUGGGCAUGAACGUCAACAUGCCAGCACCCCUGGGCUCCCUCCCCUGCCAGUCCUACUAUCAGUCUCUAUCUCACCACGCGCAACAAGUUUGGAACAGCCCCCUGCUGCAGGCCUCUGGAGGCCUUCCUAGCCACAACAGCAAGACCACCAGCAUUGAGAACCUACGCUUGCGGGCCAAGCAGCACGCGGCAUCACUGGGCCUGGACACGCUGCCCAACUGAGCAGGAAUCUGAAAACUACCUGAGCAAGGGAACAACUCUCUACCACAACCAACAUGCCACCUGGACUUCUCAAAUUAGGGUCAAUCCUUGGAAACUAAAACAAAAAGUGUGUCUUGAGGUUCUCCUGACUACUAAAGUUGCUUUCAGAAGAAGCAAAUCAAAUUUCGUUCGGCUUGUUAUUUUAAGGCAGGCAGUGAAAUGAAGAAGCUCUCAUUUAACUCAUUAUAUUUGUCAGUUUUGCUUAAAAAGACAAACAGGCCCUGGAUUAGAUUUAGUGUUAUUUAUAUGUUUUGGAUGGGCGUAGAUGUUUGAUAUAAGCACUUUCUGGAGAGGAUCUCAGCUGGUUGCAUGCACUAUACACCAGAAUCUGAACUUUCUGUGAAUUUAAUUAUCAUUUAAUUAAAUUACACAUCACACAAAUUACCUUGUAAAUGUAAAUCUUGCACAACUAAAUCGAUUAAUUAAACCUAACCUGUUUAAUGGUCAGGAUUAAACCACGGUAAAUUGAGGAUGGUUGGGUAAUGAGGAAAUGAUUUCAUUGACUACAUAUGCAAAGCUUUUAAUUACAUGUAGCCUCAGGCAGAGGAAGAAAUGCAAUUAUAGACCAUGCAUAUCAUUGGAGAUUGCCAUAUUAACACUCAGAGGGAAAAUACUCUCAAGAAAACUAGUGCUUACAUGCAUAUAAAUGUUGCAACAGGAAACAAUGCUGAAUAGUGGUUGAAUGCCGGACAGUCCAGAACAGGAGAAGUUCUCCAGUGGAAAGCAAAGCACUUCCAUGUACGGCAGCUUUUUUCCCCCCCUUCUCUGCUCAUUCUUGACAUCUCAGUGCUGAGCUCUCAUUGUGUUUGUAAAAUAUUUUAAUAUGUAAAAUACAAAGUCUUUAUCUAUAAAUGUUUACUGGUAAGGCAAAUGUAAAAGUUCUAUGUUUUAGACUGAGAAGAUUUUAACCCUGUGAUGAUUCUGGUAGCUGUCCCUUUGUAAGAUUGUACUGGGUGGGCCGCACAGCCCGUCUGCGUCUCCCCCCAGAUUAUUUAACCUAUACAGUCUGGUCGUCUAUGUAACUCUUUCAUUGUCACUGUGGACAUCAAUAUACAGUCACUCACAACAUCACACAAAGUGGUGAAUUUGUAGCCUAUAUUGGUGGAGAGUGUUCCAGAAGUAUACACAUCUUUCCCUAUGUCAAUUGUAGAUUUAAAAACUUGUAAAAUAAAACUUCAAUAAAACAUUGCUUGGACAUCUUUUUAAUUA